CGUGAGCGUUCUGAAAUUUGUUUGAUUCUCGAUCGACGAUAGUGGAGAUCGUGGAGAUUUGUCAUAUUUAUAAGCUUUCUAAGAGGCGGUAUAACGAGUAAAAUUUAUUUAUCGACAAAAAUAUGUCGAGACCCGGAACGAGACUCGAUGCAAAAAAAGUGAAUUCCGAAUUGUUCACUCUGACCUACGGUGCUUUGGUAGCCCAAUUGUUGAAAGACUACGAAAACGUCGACGAUGUUAACAAACAAUUGGAAAGGAUGGGUUAUAACAUGGGCGUACGUCUCAUUGAAGACUUUCUAGCCAGAACAGGCUCAGGACGUUGUUAUGACUUUAGAGACACCGCUGAAAAAAUACAAACUGGUUUUAAAAUAUAUUUGGGUAUAACACCGACAAUAACAAAUUGGAGUGCAGCAGGAGAUGAAUUUUCUCUCUGCUUCGAGGCUAAUCCGCUUACAGAGUUUGUAGAAUUGCCGGAUCAUUGUUUGAAUCUUAAAUACUGCAAUGUGUUGACAGGCGUUUUAAGAGGCGCUUGUGAAAUGGUACAAAUGGAAAUUUCUUCCUGGUUUGUUCAAGACCAGCUCAAAAAUGACAGCGUCACAGAGUUACGUGUCAAAUUUAUCAAAAGGUUAGAAGAUGCCAUUCCUGCAGGGGAAGACUAAAUAUUUGCAUUAUUUAAGAAUAAUUAUGAAUUAUAUUCCAAUAGAUAUACAAUGUAAAUAUAACUAUUAUUAAAUAUUACAGAGAUUU